GAAGGAACUCACCAGAUUCCACAAAUCUGCCUACAAGAUUAGUAGUUUGCUCUUUCCCGUCGAUUUCCAGAUCGACCUGACCCCAACAACGUGACCCGCCAGGAAUGGAAACUCCCAUGCACAUCCAAGAAGAAAUAAUUAUGGAUAUGUUAAGUAGACUGCCUGUGAAGUCUCUUUUUAGAUUCAAGUGUGUUUCAAACUCUUGGAAGGCUUUAAUCUGUGAACCUAGCUUUAAGAAACAACAUCUCAAUCAUGCCAAAAAUGACAAAUUGCUUGUUCUACGGAUUGCUAAGGAUAGUAAUGUUUUCUUCUAUUGUUCAUCUUUAUUGACGACAACAACACCACAUCAAAUCGUUAGGGAUGUACAAGAAUCGGUGUGUGUCCCGCAAUGUGUGCCAGGGUAUUACCAUAUCAAUAAUUACCAUCUCUAUGGUAGCUGCAAUGGCUUGUUUUUAAUUGGGAUUAAGCAGAAACGUUUUCUGUGUAAUCCUUCUACAAGAGAAUCAAUAUUACUACCAUCACAUUGGGAUAAGUUUUUUCAUGGUUACAUUCAUGGAAUGGGAUAUGACCCAACUAGUGAUGACUAUAAGGUCGUUCACAUUCCUGAAGAAGAUGAAAAGGCACCCACUGAAAUUCUCUCCCUAAAAACUGGUUCCUGGAGAAAAAUUUAUGGAGGUGAUUGUUCUCUCCAAUCCGGUAAUAUGGAAUGUUUGACAUUACUACGAGGAUCAUUUCAUUGGUUUACUUAUUCCGUAGAUUCGAUGUUUUCUCUGAUUUCAUUUAAUAUUUCAAAUGAGGUGUUUGGAGGAUUACCAUUGUCGAAGGAAAUGCCCUUGUUGUGUGACACGAUUGAGCAAGGUGUGACAGUGUUAGGUGGAAUGCUUAGUGUAAAUUUUCUUUAUGAGGAGGAGGAUACUACUAUUUUUGAUUUGUGGGUAAUGAAGGAGUAUGGUAUGGAAGAAUCUUGGACUAAAUUAUUUACGAUGAGAGAUAGCAGGGAUGCUUAUGAGGUGUUACCAGUCGUUCCAAAAUAUAUAUUUGCAGAUGGUGAACUGUUGUUCUGUUCUGAUAGAAGAAUUGUGCUUAAAACAUUCAAAGUAUCAGACAAAAGAAGCAAUCUAGUAGGGCCUCUAACUACGGAUGAAGAUACAGAUACCACCAGGGAUGGAUUUGUUUACACAGAGACUUUGAUCUCUCCAAAAGAUUGUGUUAUUGCUUUGAACUAG